AUGUCCGCCAAAUGCACGGGCCAAACGCCUAAGCGGGUAUCGUUUUCCUUGCUGGGCCAGAGCCCAUCGGCAGCUCCGCAACCUUGUACACCAACUCCGCAACGUGUCUUGCCAAAUCCAUACACUGGAUUGCAUACUCCGAACACGUCAACCGCAACCCUAAACGCGCAUUUCCAGACUCCAAAUACCGUCUCGCCCACUCCAACCUGUCACUUGCAAACUCCGAACACAUCCUCUCCAACUCCGAACCCGCGCCUCCAGACUCCAAACACCGUCUCACCAACUACAAACCGUUACUUGCCAACCCCGAGCAGCUCAUCGCCGACUCCGAAACCUGCCUUACCCACUCCAGCUCGUCGUCCGUCACAGCAGCCUAGCUCCAAGCAUCUUGUCUCCAAGCUUUCACCCAACUGGAACUUCAAUGAGCAAGACACUGCGUUAAUCCGCGCCGGAUACGAACCUCAGUGGACCCCUAGCCCAGUUGACACAACAUCUACUACCGAAAAGGGCAAGAAAGAGUCCGCACGCAAGCCCGCCAUGGCUGAACCACGCGCACGUAUGGCCCGACACAAGGGCCAAAUGAACUUUCAGAAUGAGCUUCGUCUGCUACUUCUCGCCUACGGCGACCCUAGCCCACACCCAAGCUUCCCAAACGAACCACUCCCUGAGACAGUCCGUGUGCUGGACGAAAUCGUCACUGACUUCGUGCUGGAACUCAGCCACGGUGCUGCACAAGUCGCACACCACGCCCGCCGCCAGAAGAUCAAAGUUGAGGACUUCCGCUUCGCGCUGCGUCGCGACCCGAAUAAGCUCGGCCGUGUCCAGGAGCUGCUGCGCAUGGAACGCGAGUUGAAGGAAGCCCGCAAGGCAUUUGACCAGAAUGAUGAUCAGGUUGCUAAAGAAGCUGGAAAGAAGGGUGCGGCGGCGGCGGCGGCAGCCGCUGCUGCUGGUGAGGAUCCUGUGGCUGCUGAAGCUGCUGCCUCUGCUACUGUUACUAAGAAGAGCAAGGGCAAGGGAAAGAGAGGUGCUCGCCGUGGAUCUGAUGCUACUGAGGAGUCAAUUUCGAAGAAGCGCAAGACGAUUGGCUGA